AUUUGGUUGAGAAUUUUUUUCAAACGUUAAUUGUGAUCUAAUUACUUUCUGCUUGUAAUUAAAUUAAUUUGACAAAUUUGAAAUUAGAAAUUUUCUUUCGAUUUAUAAUCUUCUUUUUCUGUUUACCUUUGGUGUUUUCUGAUUUUGUGACAAUUUAGUUGCUUUGUGUCUGAAAUAAAGAAAGAAAAAUCUUUCAUUCUAACCUUUAAUUUAUCUGAAUCAUGUAUGCAAAGGUAUUCAAUAUGGAGACCAUGCAAGUUGGAGAUCACAUUGUGUCUCCUAUGUGCAUACCCACUCAUGCCCCACCAGAUUAUCCAUCGGAUUAUUUUGGAUCAAGAGGAACCAAACCACCGGUAACUUGGUAUCAGGUUGAUGAAAGUCAAGUAAACACAUUGAGAGGAUCAAUUGUCACAUGUCUUUCUGAAGGUAAACCGAUAAACACGCAUCACCUUUAUGCGUAUCUUUGCAGUGUUGGACAAAGGAUGAGUAACACUUCAGAGCGAGAAUGGGUCAGCUUUGGUCAGGUAAUUUGUUCGGCCAAUUCUUCUGCCAGUGUUAAAGAUAUUUUCCAUGUGGAGAAAACGGAAAACAUCUCAAUGGAUGAUGUUAUUGUCGGUGAAAAUAUCACAGUCGAUGAAAGUGAUGAUAUUUGGAUUGUUCUUGCUCUUUUCAUCAUAUGGAAUCUUGAUCGAAUGGGAAACAAACCUGGUAGCUGGAUUGCCAAUCAAGCGGAUGCAAAAUUAUCUGAACGAGUUCCCAGAAAAUUUGUAAUCAAUGUUUACAAAUUGUGGGGUAUUCACCGUAACUGGGGACGAGAUUACAUUCUGUCAAAAUUGGUUGCAGCUUUUGACAUGUAUUUAAAUUACUUUAAUCAAGAUGAGAUGUCAAUUGUCCGAUUUGCCACUGAGGUUUCACGUUACAAGGAUUGUUUAGUCUUAAAGGAUAUUGAUUUUGUUCGAGGAAAAUUGGGAUUAGAGAGCAACGAGCAGUUUUAUGAUUGGAUGUUUGUACCUCCAUUGAAAAUGGAAGCAAAUAGAGUUCGAAAACCAGGACAAGAAUUGGAUAAUCCAUUCAGUUACUCUUUUUAUUUAAGUGAUCUACUCAGGUCAGACAAAGUCCAUAUUCUGCAUCAAUUAACUCACAAAUCCAUGUAUUCGUCAAUCUGAUCGGAGCUGCUCUCAAUAUUCAAAAGUGUUCCAAUCGUAAAAUGUUUGACAAUUUACCUAUCGGAGAUAUAAUGACUAAUGUCGCAUGUGUAAUCUGGGCACUUGGUUCACAUUCGCAUUCCAGUUCGGAUCCAAAUCUACCACCGAUCACUAGGUCCGGAUUAGAGUUCGAACAAUGGUUCAUCGCUCAUAACAACAUGAUACCUUACGAAGUGGCCAACAACCUCGCACUCAAAUUCAGAUCAAACAUGUGCUCUCGUCCUGGUACAAUCGCUGCAUUUGCCAAAGAGCAAUACUCAAGUCUUUAUCCAUAAUUUAAACUUGAAAAAGAAAAAGUAAUUUAAUAAUACAAAUAUAAACUCGAUGGUGUAAAUUAAAUGCUUAAAAUUAACUACAAAGUCAAUGUUUUUACUUCAUCUGAUUGUCUAUGUAAUUUUGUGAUCACUGAUUAACAGUUAUUAUUGUUAAUUUCAAGGUCAUCGGAAAGUUUUUUUUACCAUUAAAUUACCGAGGGAAAUUAAACUAAUUUAAAUCAAUGUUUAACUUGAAAGAAAAACAAAAUAAAAUUUGAUGAAAACAAACAGAA